GGUAGGAGCACCCUGUGGUCAGCAUACAGAAGGCGUCCUUGCGCGAACAACUGGCGAAGACACUGCAGAAUAGCGACUACAUCGAAUAAGGUAAGUCGGCAUCGCACGUCAUGGCAGCAGCUCCGGAGGCGAUGGCCUCAGCAGAGGAGUUUCAACACCGGGCGAACGCGUGGCUGGUCGCACUGGAAGACACACAGAGGCGCAUGCAACGGAUUGUCGGAGUCUUGUCCUCCGUUGCUCAGGCCUGGCCGGUGGCAGAUUGGGGGGGAUCUGCCCUGGUUGUAUGGCUGGAGGACAAGUGUCAGCAACUUUCAACGCUCCUCUGGGAAAUCGAGGAGGAUCCGGAACUGGAGGAUUUCGUUGAUUGGCAGCAGGCGGACGCUCUGAUAUUCGGCUGCAACACGGUUUUCGGAGAGGGGAUCGAUUAUCGUGAUGUGCUGAAGAAGAGGUUGGAGACUGAGGCUCGAUUGGACUUCAAUCCUCUCAUCCCGUCUUCAGGGGAGUCGACCUCACUUGACACAUUAUCACCAUCCACAACAACUUCGACAAUAAUGAUGGGUGGAGCAUUUGCCAUCACAGUCUUAUCGAACAUGCCACCCGCGACAGCAACUACAGUAUCCAUCAUGACAACAGACUCAUCAGCAACAAUGAAAAGUUCGACAGCGGGGCAAGCAGCGGAGGAGGUCGAGUCGGCUCGCACAGUGCAUGGUGAUAAUCGGCAGCUGGAGGGCAAGGACCCCGAAGUGGCUCUCGUUCUUUCUCCCGACAUCCCCUCUUUCUCCUCCCGUCCUCCUCUAAUCUCCUCCCUGUCUUUCGUGCAUCUCUGCACUGCUCAUGUCACCCUUACAGUAAUGCAUCUCUGCACUGCUCACGUCAUCUUUACAGUACGUAAUAACACGAACCACGAUCCGUGCUCUGCUAAAGCGGUGGCACACUUGCCUCUUCUCUUCUCUGUUGGCGUGCCUGGGCAGCGUAGAGGACGGGAGGAGGGGUUCGGUGGGCAGCUGGGCAUGAGGGACCGUUAUCCUUGGGGGAGCGAGCACGGGCAAUGGAUGCGAGAUGGAGUGGGGUAGUGGCCGAGAUUAAAGGAGAUCAGAUCGACCCUUCUUAUGUGACCACCCUGCAUGGAGCUUCGACCCUUCGUAUGUG